AUAGAUACUACAAACCCCCCGACCCCCCUUCACAAAGAUUGAAGCAAUUACUUGAAAGGACUUCAAGCGUAAUUUCAAGUGUUCCUCCAUGCAAGGAUGACAACGGUAUCUGGAAAAGCAUUGUCUGAUCUAGUAUUAGAUAUCCAUGUUUUUUUGUUUCUAUAAAUGUACAUUUUUAUUUGUGGAUUAUCCGCAAAAGAGACCUGGGCUUUUCUUACUUAUAAUUGAAGCAAUGGAAAAAUGUUAGAAUUCUCCAGCGAAAUUUGAUUCUGCGGAUUUCAGUGGCAAAAAACCGCAUCUUUUGUUUUUGCAGGGGGAGGGGUUAUUCAUUUCAAUUUCGGACCACCCUAUUAGUUUGUCAUUUUCAUAUUUUCGAACCACCCUACCAAUACUUUCUUUUUCCGGUUUUGAGAAAAUGCCGCGAAUCCUUCCCAAGUCAGGAUUUCGCCAGUCAUUCCGUACGUCUCAGAACCCAAGGACACAGAAGGGAAUUUACCAAGAAUUGUUCAGAUACGCGUAGCAAUGGAUGUCAUGAAAGAAGAGAAUUUAACUGCUGAAGAAUUGGACAGGCAUGAAGCGCAGUUAUUGCUAGAAGCUCAGAAUUGUUCUAAGCAUGACAGUGUCGAGAGUGCUGCCAGGAUCAUUCUAGUUCAGAAAUACCAGUCCAGAAAGGAUACCAUCGCAUCACUGCUUGCUACCAAUUCUGCUUGGGUCCUCCCCCCCACAGCUACUGAAGCCGAGAAGAAGGCCAAGGCUGAUCAGCUCAAACUACUCAGAAAGCUGGCAAGAGCUGCAGAGGCUGACUAUUUGCAGUUCCUGGUGUCUUUCCAAUACGGAGAAGAAGGAGUAACCGCACUACCAGAGUCAGAGUCCUAUUCUUUAGUCCCGCCAGAGGUCAAAAAGAAACUAGAUAUGAAGAAAAAGGAUGACCUGAAGAUGAAGAAGAAGGACGAGGAGUUAGCUAAGAAACAGGACCUGGCGAGCAGAGCUAGAGAAACUUAUAGUCAAGGUCAAUUCCGUUACAAAUCUGCAUACAAACCCCGGUAUACUGCCUAUGCAGGUUCAGGAAGUGGAGGAUACACUUCUUCACCUGCGUUUCAGCCAUAUGGCAAUUAUCAAGGAAGCGGACUACAGGGGUCAGGGUUCCAAGGAGGUUGGCUGCCGAGUUUCCAAGCCGGGUUUUCUCACCAAUCUCCCUACAGUUCGCAAGGAUACGGGGGAGUCAUUCCCCACGUUCCUGGAAUGGCUUCAUACGCUCCCGGAUCAUCAGCCUAUGCCCCUGGAGUCGGAUCCCUCGCUCCCGGAUACGCAGCAGCAGGAGGAGCAGUUCCAUUCAAACCGUCUCCGUGGUAUCCUAGUCCCUCUCACCUUCAACAAUCUCAACCGUCUUACAACAGUAGAGAGUUACAGGACAGGAAGAGGAACUCCAAAUGCGGCCGCUGCGACAUGUAUGGACAUUGGCACGGAGAUAAUCUCUGCAAACCUGAUGACAUUGAGAGAAAGAUGGCCAAACUGCAAUUGAGAGACGCCCAGUAUCAUGCCGAAGCAUCGGCCCUACGGCUCACUCAGCACCAGGAGAGAGAAAACCCUCAAGAGUCUUGUGGAUCGAUUAUUCAAGAAAUAGGUUGGGGAAACCCGGAGUUGGCGGUUACAAGAUUAAUGAAUUUUCUGUCUAAUAACGGUUAUAAAUUGUCAAAGGGAUCCCACUCCAUUCACAAUCCAUCCUCCAUCCGAUUCAUGCAGAAUAUAAUCGGUGCAGAACAAUGGGUAUUAAACAUCUUGGUUCACGGAGUUAAAUUAGAUUUCUCGUCCUCACCGCCCCAGAAGUAUGUCGAGCCUAAUAAUAAGUCCGCCAGAACGGAAAUGGAGUUUCUACGCAAGAAGGUCAAGGAAUGGAAUGAUGAAGGUUUUGUGUCUCAAACUCUGGUCAAACCUGAUAUCGUAAACCCCAUGUCAGUAGUUGUCAAAGAAGAUUUUGUGUCCGGGACUACAAAAAAGAGACCGGUUAUAGACUUAUCCCGUUGUGUUAACAAAAGGUUGACCGCCAGACCAUUCACGAUGGACACGUUAUCAAAUUGUGAAUCCUCAGUUCUACCUAAUGAUUAUCAAAUAAUCUUCGACCUGGAAAACAUGUACUUCCAUUUCCGACUACACAAGGACCACAAACAGUUUUUUGCAUUUUCGAUAAUGAAUGAACAGGGAGAGAACGUUUACUACAACUUUAACGUAAUGUGCUAUGGUUAUGCAUUAGCAGGAUACAUCGUCACUCGUGUAAUAAAUCCUAUCAAAAGUUUUCUACACAGACUCGGAAUCCGAUUGUCAAUGUACAUCGAUGACGGACGUAUCCUGGCACAGUCCGAGAUCGAAUGUAAGUUUAAAGCUCAGUUUGUGUUACACAUUUUCCAGCUCUGCGGGUUCAAUAUCCAAUGGAAGAAAACCAACUUAGAUCCCAGUCAAACGGCAGUAUUUCAAGGCUUCAUCACGAACACAAUUUUCAUGAAAUACUUCGUUCAGAUUGAGAAAUUUUCCAUAAUACAAGCAAUGAUUGAAGAAACUUUAUUCAAGAUGAAGGAUCCGGAAAAGUGGUUCAAGCUAAGAGAACUAGCCGUGCUCCUGGGAAAAAUCCACAGCCUCAACAAAUCCCAUGAAUCCAUUGUCUCAGUGAUGACCAGGCACAUUCAGCAUGUUGUGGGAAAAGAAGUUUUUAAAGCAGGCUGGGAGUCUUCGGUCAAGCUGGACAGUCAUUGCAAAAGAGAGCUAGAUUUCCUCCAAGAACACUUGAUCAAGUUCAAUGGGAAAUUAAUCCCAGGAACCAAAGAAGGAGCCAGGACGGUUGGCCACCAGGAGAUAAGCAAGUUUAUUCAACAGGUCUGUUAUUCGGACAAAAUCCUGCCGGAUUUAAUUAUUUCAGACGCGUCAGAUUCCCAUGCGUUCAUAUUUUAUAAGGAUAGUUUUAUAAGAAGUCAAGAGUUUGAAUUUGACGAGGAAGAAAGGAAUUUAUCCUCCGGCCACAGGGAACUGUUAGCCACCUUGAAAUUUCUACAACACUGCAAGGAGACCAAGGUAAAAUUCAGUUCGUCCAUUGUGUACUGGCAGACCGACUCCAAGAACAACUUCACUUUCUUGUCCAAGGGUUCAAGAAAGUCAAGAAUACAGCAAGACAUAGUAAAGAUUAAAUUCCUAGAAAUGGAACUGGACAUAACAAUAAUACCAGUGUGGACACCCCGCUCUCAUUCAAGAAUUGUGCUAGCCGACUUAGGAAGCAAAUUUUCUCAAUCAUCAGAUGAAUGGGGAAUCUCAAGGAAUCAGCUCGACAAGGUGUUUAAGCAGUUUAACCUGGUCCCAACUAUUGAUGCAUUUGCUUCAGAAGCAAGUUCAGUUUGCACAAGAUUUUUCUCCAAGAUCCCUCAGAAUAAAUGUAUUGGCAUAAAUUUCUUUGCUCAAAUUUUGAAUACACGGGAGAUUUAUUUUUGUUGCCCCCCCGUAAAAGAAAUUGUAUUUACGUUCAAAAAAUUAAUAAAUACCCCACAUGUCAGAGCCAUAUUUAUUAUCCCUAAUUGGUAUUCAGCUAAUUUUUGGCCAUUCCUGCAUAACGGUCAGCAAUUUAGACAGGAGAUCAAAGAUUUCAUGAUAUUUUCCCCUGAGUUUAUCAUUUUCAAUGAGGUUGACAGCCUAUUUUCCAGAAAGCCCAAUUUUCAAAUGUUGGCCCUCAAGAUUGUGUCUUAAGUGUCAUAAUAUGGCAUAGUGUAUAUGUAUUGGUAGAACACCAACCAUUGUAAAUUAAAAGUAAAGAGUGAAAUUAUUUAAGAAAAAGUGUUCAUUUCAUUUCGAGCAGAUCCAGAUUGAUUUAUUUAUGUUAAUGUAAGCUAAAACUAGACCAAUAACCUCAAGAUGUAUCAUGUAAAUAGAUUAAAAACAUUUGUUGCGUAGAAUUUAGAGCAGAAUGUAAUAAAUGUACAAGUCAAGAUUAAAGCAUUUAAUUUUAUUUGGUUUUGUUUGUUGGGGGUUUUUAGUUAAACUAGUUCAGUUAUAAAGUUUCAGACUUCAAGGUUAAAGCAAUUCAGAUUAACUCAAAUAUAAAAAUGUAAAAGCAAAAAAUUAAGAACAUGGGUAAAUUUAGUUAUUCCGGCUGAGAAUAUUUAGAAAUUAUUUAAACAGUGGGUUAUUACAGUGUUCGUUUAAAGAUUUAAGAGUUAAGUAUUGGUCGAUUUAAUUUAAUCUGGAGAACACGCACAGUGGAAAGAUAGAAUCGAUAAGUACAGGAUGUUUAAAGUUUAGAUCAAUAAUGGCUUAUUUGAUAAUUAUUCCUGGACGAGUAUUGAAUUUCAUAACAAGCUAAAUCAAGUUGUUGAAAAUAACCUAUCAAUCAAUCACAGGUGCAUGGUCUCGUUAUUAAGUAUGAAAAAUCGAAGCAUUUUAUUGAUUAUAUUAUAUUGUACAAAUCGGGCAAACAGUUGAUUAAGUUAUUUUUGUUUUUUAAACAAUUUAUUAAAAAUCGUGUAGAUUAUAGAAAUGGCCGAACAUUAAAAACUAUAAUCAUAAUUUAUUUCAGACAGUAUGGCUAAUAACCAAUUCCCAGAUUUGGCCAGAAUAGGUCACUCUUAUGACCUGGUUGAACCGGAGCUCGGAGUGAUAGUUCACAUGACAGAACCUUUGGUCGAUCAUACAUAUAACGCAAGGCAUGAAGGGGUGAAACCACCAUUUGGGUUACCGUUAUCAAAUUUCCCGAAAUAUCUGGCAAUGCUGGAUCGCGAUCCUUCUCUAAUCGAAGCAGUGAACGUAAUGAUGUGUCCACCAAUAUCACAGGCAACGAUUGCAGCGUAUACCCCGACGGUAAAUAAAUUAGAAACUUUUUGUGAGCGCCAGGGUUACCCAUUUCCCAAUUUAUCUGAACCGUCGAUUCUACACUUCUUAGCAGAAGGGUUUAAAAACAAUGAAACUUUUUCCUUCUUUAACAAAGUAAUUCCAAGUGUUCGAGCGCUGGAAACAGUGUUAGCAGUAGAACAAUCAGCAAUUACAGAUACAGUAAAGGCAGCGUCUAACAGUCUUAAGAGAAAAGUAGCAGAAAGAAAGAAACCGGUAAAGAAAGCAUUUGCAUUUGAUUGUUCGGUAAUUUUGGAUCUCAUCCAAAAAAUUAUAAUUCCCCAUGAAGAAGAGUUAUUCAAAAUCAAAGCAGAAGAGUUCAGAGCACUGGUUAGAUGCGUAGUUAUUUACCAUAGUUUCUGCAGGUUCUCCGAUUAUAACAUACUCCGAGAUACUGAUCUGGACGAUCAAGGAUCACACAUUGUGAUCUUCUUUGCCAGGAGUAAAAACGAUCAGUAUUAUGAAGGCACCUCUAGUUUUAUCCCAGCCAGACCGGGAUCAGCAGGAUGCCCAGUGGCGUUGUUACGCCUAUAUUAUCGACGAUUCAACCUCAAUUUCAAAGGAAGAGUGUCAACGGGAAAAUUUCUGAAUUUCAGAAUAUCGAAGCAGUUUGGUUACCAUUCAGCUAUGGCAGGAACCCGGUUGUCCCAAUCUACAGCAGUUGAACAAGCAAGAUCAAUGAUGAGGAAAUAUGGGUACGACGGAGCUAAGUAUACUGAAAAAUCAUUUAAGGUUGGCGGUGUCACUGCUUUGUGCGAGUCGGGUGAAGCUCUAGAGAAUGUAAUGAUUGCAGGGAGAUGGAGAAACAUGUAUACCCCUAUGCACUACAGGAAUACAUCAGUCAACUUCCGGUUAGAUAUUGUGCAGAACUUACCGGUGAAUGGAUAGUUAGAAAGAUUACAAUUAUAAAUGUGCAAUAUUAUCUUGGAAAUUAUAAAUGUGUAAUAUUCUCGCAGGGGAAUGAUCUAGAUAGUCAAUAUGGUCAAUAAGUUAACACAAGUUGUCAAUUCAAAGACUUAAACAGGUUCCAUCAGCGCCAUAUAGCCCCACGGUUAACAGCAGUGUUACAUUUCAGAUAGGAUGGUCGAUCCAGCUGCUCUUAGCUGAGCCAAUCCAGGAGCAGUCCGGAACAUCGGUUUUUAACUGAGCCAACUCAGAAGCAGUCUGUACAGCAGCUGUCUUCAGCUGAGCAAAUCGGUAGCAGUCCGUAGUUAGAUCCGUUCUAAGCAAUCUCUCUCCGCCUAGUCUCGGGAAUUAGUUAGAAGCCGGCUGAUC